CUGACAUCUACUUGUACAGUACCUACAUCAUCACCGCGGUCCCCGCUUUUGUGUUCGAGUUUGGUUUUGUGCUCAAGCGGGAAUAACGGAGCCGCCACUUUCGCGAACCGCGCAUUAUCCGCUAUCAGAUCCGACAUCGCCAGCAAUCCUGCACACGCUGGCCGAAGGAAGAAGUGCACCACUACCCUCCUUGUACAAUAACUCUUGUCCUACACCACAUCCUGCCCGACUUGCCCCGGCAUGUCUUCACUACACCCUCUGGCACGCCCGGCCAACAGACGCCAUAGUUUCUCGGGCUUUGGCAAAGGACUGACCCUGCAUCGCCACAAGAACAUUCCCCACAACGAGACGAGUGAUCCCACGAACCCUAUACCGACAGAGCCUCGCAACACUCCAGGCAUGAACUUGACCGUCGAACAAAAACUGCGCUUGAGCAAUCUCACGAGCUCAAUGUCUACAAAUCCCCGGUCGAGUGGAGAGAGCUUGGGAUUCUAUACAGACGAUGUCCAUACCAGCGAUUCGGAGGCUCCUUCGACUCCGCUUACCGAGCCGAGCGAUCUCGUGGAGGACUCGAUCAAGAGUAUCAAUAGCAUGUCGUUGAGUGAUGAACAAUCCACAAUGAAGAAGCGGAGAGCCAGCACGACAUAUGCGGGAAACGUGGACGACAUCAGGAGGCUCAUUGGGAACGGGACUGGCACCAAAUUUCUGCAAAAGUACUGCUGUGGGGAAGGCUGCUGCAUGAUUGAAUCGUUGCCACUACAUACGGAUGAGGUUGCAUAUGCACCCAUCAUCACACCCGCCAACGAUGCAUAUCGAUCCCUGAAUCUCGACCUCCGAUCGUUGUCCUUGGACACGGAGCUCACCAAGCUUCCAGAUCCGCCGGCACAGAAAGUCUCGUUUGCAACGAUUCGCCGACAGUCGAUUGUCGAAAAGUUCCCCGACGAGUCCAGGCACAAGCAUGAUGCCGACGAGGUCAAUGAGUACCCACCAGAAUAUAUGAAGCCGCAUCCGCCCUACAGCAUCUUCAAUGCGCCCAUCUAUGGUGCUCGAGAACUCACUAAGCCUGGUGCCGAGAAGCGAACCUUUCACUUUGAUAUUGAUGUCACUGAAUACCCGGAAGAAGGCGGUGUGGAUUUCAAGGUCGGAGGCGCCAUCGGCAUUUGUCCACCCAACGAUCCUGCAGUAGUGGAGGACAUUCUCAACCAGCUUGGCGUGCCACGCUUUCAGCGAGACAAGGCCAUUCGCCUGCGAACCAACGAAGGAAGAUGGCCCACAAUCUGGGGCGACGAGGAGGCCAGGGAACUGGUGUCGACCCGCAGAGAGAUUUUGACGUGGACUGUGGACAUUUCUUCUACAGCGCCGACCAAGCCAGUAUUGAGCCUGCUGGCCGAGCACGCCUCGGAGCCCAAUGAAAAGAAGAUCCUACAGUACCUCUGCAGCGCACAAGGCCAAGCUACUUUCUGCGACCUGAGGACUGGUCCACAUAUAACGCUGCAACAAUUACUCCACGCCUUCCCAUCUUCGAAGCCGCCGCUCGAGGCGCUCUGUGGUGUUCUUAACCAGCUCAUGCCACGCUUCUACUCACUCUCCAACGACCCCCACGUCUCAUCUGCCCGAGAGGGUCUAGCCGGCCGCAGACUUAUCGAGAUGGCAGUCACAAUUCACGAAACGAGCAACUUCGACGGCCGUCAACGGUCAGGCGUCGGAUCAGGAUACAUGGAAAGGAUCGCCAAGCGGUUCAUCGAACACGAUGAAAAGGCGCGAAAGGAGGCUGAUGCACGUGGCUUCAUGCUCCAAGAAGGCGUUGCUGGCCGCCGCCUCAAUCUACAUGUGCCCAUGUUUCGCGGACUCAUGUCAAACCCACUUUCCAAGAAAUUCAACGCCGAUGGACCCAUGGUACUCAUCGGAGCUGGUGUCGGUAUGGCUCCAUUCCGCGGCUUCAUCCUGAAUCGACUUAAGAAUGCGAACUGUGCGAAUAAGAUUUGGCUCAUUCAGGGCAUUCGGGAUACUAUGCUGGAUGAAAUAUACAAGGGCGAGCUUGGCGCGCACGAGAAAGACAUCAAGAAGGUGGUGCAGUCUCGCGCAAAGACACUGCCUCCUGUCGCUGAAGAUGACGACGGCGUGCUCGACAAUGCGGACAGCGAUGAUCCUGCGAAGGUGGUCGAUCCGAAGAAAGUCGACAAAGUCGCCAAAUAUGUGCAAGACGAAGUUCGACAACAAGCCGAUAUCGUCUGGUAUGUCAUCAACGCACUGGAUGGGCGCAUUUUCGUCUGCGGGUCUAGCAAGGGUAUGGGCGAAGGUGUGGAAGCGGCACUCAUUGAUGUCGCCAUGGACAAGGGCAAUCUCGACUAUGAGACUGCGAAGCAGUUUUGGGAGAGCAAGACUCAGGCUGGACAGUACAUUGCUGAAACCUGGUAGCGCAAACGAACUUUGCACAUGUGCAAGUAUUAAUUCGAAUGCAUGGCGUUGAAAAGGCGCUGUGCAGGAAAGAGGAUAAAAAGCUGCAAAAGGAGCAGGAAAGGGGAAGGGGGUUUAGAAAGCCGGCCAUUAUUUCUGAUAGCGUUCUCGCGAUAGAUUUUGAUUCUUUUGAGGUGCUCAUGCCUUGUACAUAAAGUCGAUCUGUAUUACCUAUUCUACCCUUA